GUUCGAGAUGAUCUUGUCAGGACAGUUCCAGAUUCAGAUGUAGUCCUCAGAGAUGCAGCUCUCUCAAUCUCUACUCCUGUCACACACGUGCUGAACCUCCCUCGCCCACUGGCCGCGUCAUCUCCGGCUCGACAUUCAGAUCGACAUCGCCAUCCCUCAAUUGGGCGAUGAUAGUCGCACUAACGCGAGCCAACACGGGCGGACUCCUUGACAAGCCCUGACGGAGUAACGGCCUGAGGGAGGACGGAUAGAUUGAUUAUUCUUGAUCAGGGGCCAUGGCUCUCUGUCCUCCAGCGGCCUCCGUCUCCCCACGUGCUUGAGUUCCGCUGCCUCCGAGUGUCCGUUCAGGGCAUCUCCGGUCUCGCUCGCAUAUAAAACCAUGGCUCGCUGCCAUUCAGUUCGAGUGCUCCGCGCACUCCGGCCACCAUGAAGCUCCUCCUGCUCUCGCUGCCUCUCACCUACGCCCUGAACAUCGUCUCCUCCAACGACGAUGGCUGGGCCGAGAGCAAUGUCCGCGCCCUGCACAGCGCCUUGACUGACGCCGGCCACACCGUGGUGCUUUCUGCGCCGGCUGAGAACAAGAGCGGUUCUGGCUCCAAGGACGAGGACCCCGUUGCCCUGACCGACCCGUGCCAGUACAACAGCUGUCCCGCCGGCAGCCCGGCCACGGGAUACAACGAGUCGUCGCCGGAGCUGAACUACGUCAACUCGUACCCCGUCACCUCCAUGAAGUACGGCAUCGACACGCUGGCCCCCAAGUUCUUCGACGGCGCGCCUGACCUCGCCGUGUCCGGCCCCAACGUCGGCGUCAACAUUGGCAUCGCCGUCUUCUUCUCCGGCACCGUCGGCGCUGCCACCGCCGCCGUCAAGGCUGGCGUCCCGGCCCUGGCGUUCUCUGGACGAUCGGGCUCGGCCACGGCGUGGAACGAGACCACGCCGGAAUCGAGCACUUUCUACGCGGACCUGGCGACGAACUUCACCGAGCGGGUGACGGCCAAUGGCGCGCCCUACUUGCCCGACGGGGCCUGGCUGAAUGUCAAUUUCCCGUCGUUUGACGAUGGAUGUGACAGCGUCGACGAUGUCAAGUUUGUCCUGACCAGGAUCUUCCCUGCCGUGCCUUUGAUCACGGACGAUGAUGUGGAGACCUGUGGGAGCAAGAGGCUGCCGACGGAGACGAAGACCGUUCUGUCGGGGUGUUAUGCUAGUGUGUCGGUUGGACAGGCGGACGAUAAGAAGGACGCUAAUGCGACGGUGCAGGCUGAGGUGUUGGAGCGAUUGGGAGAGCUGGAGUGUUUGGAUUAGUGUUGUAUGAGGGGGUGAAAAGUCUGCACAUAGUACAGAGUAGUUUCUGCACAUAAUCAUUUGGUCAGUCGGAUAGAACUUCCGAACUUGCGCGCUAGACUAUGG